CUACGCCAGCGGAAGAGACGUGUCCGGCCCACCCCGGUCAGGUGAUUGGUUGGUUCCGAAGCGGCGGUGCGCGCAACUGUCGUCUCUGUUGGGGAAGAUGGAGGAGCUGAGUCAAGCCCUGGCUGGUAGCUUUUCUGUGUCCCAAGAUCUGAACAGCACGGCCACCCCCCACCCCCGCCUGUCCCAGUAUAAGUCCAAGUACAGCUCCUUGGAGCAGAGCGAGCGGCGCCGCAGGUUACUGGAGCUGCAGAAAUCGAAGAGACUGGAUUAUGUGAACCAUGCCAGAAGGCUGGCUGAAGACGACUGGACAGGGAUGGAGAGUGAGGAUGAAGACACGAAAGAUGACGAAGAAAUGGACAUUGACACUGGCAAGAAGCUACCAAAGCGCUAUGCUAAUCAACUGAUGCUGUCUGAGUGGCUCAUUGAUGUCCCUUCAGAUUUGGGGCAGGAAUGGAUUGUUGUCGUGUGCCCCGUUGGAAAGAGGGCCCUGAUCGUUGCCUCCAGGGGCUCCACCAGUGCCUACACCAAGAGUGGCUACUGUGUCAACAGAUUUCCUUCCCUUCUGCCCGGCGGCAACAAGCGAAACUCUACCACGGCUAAAGAUUACACCAUCCUAGAUUGCAUUUACAGUGAGGUGAGCCAGACUUACUAUGUCCUGGACGUGAUGUGCUGGCGGGGACACCCUUUCUAUGACUGCCAGACUGAUUUCCGAUUCUACUGGAUGCAUUCAAAGUUACCAGAAGAAGGACUAGGAGAGAAAACCAAGCUAAAUCCUUUUAAAUUUGUGGGGCUGAAGAAUUUCCCAUGUACCUCUGAGAGCCUGUGUAAGGUUCUGGCUAUGGAUUUCCCUUUUGAGGUAGACGGACUGCUCUUCUACCACAAGCAGACCCACUACAGCCCUGGAAGCACACCCUUGGUGGGCUGGCUGCGCCCCUACAUGGUAUCAGACAUCCUGGGCAUGGCUGUGCCCGAAGGUCUGCUGACCACCAAGCCAGAGUACGCGGGGCACCAGUUGCAGCAGAUCAUUGAGCAUAAGAGAAGCCAGAAGGACUCGAGGGAGAAGCUCACACAUGAGGUGUGCGAGAGUGGGAGUUAUGAGCUAGAACACCUGUCCACUCCCAUGCCACAGCACCCUUCCCAGGACCCAGGCCAGCCCAAGGGCUGCAUGGAGACCUAGAAAGGGCAGCCUCCUUAGGAGCUGGGGUCCAGCCCAGAGCGGGACUGGGAAGAACAGUGACUACAACAGAUGACUUGGUUUUACUCCAGUAGAAACCACUUUUCUCCUAUCUAAAAUGCUGACCCAUUUUAGGCAGUUGGAGUUGGUGCCAUUCACACAUUUGAACAGCUCCUACUGUAAUAAGUGUAUCUCAGAUCUGCAGUGUAAACGUGUAAUUAGAAGUUGUUAGGCAGGCAUCAGUGGUAUAUGCCUUGGAAUCCCAGUGCUCAGGAGGCUGAGGCAGGAGGAUCACCAUGAGUUGAAGGCCAGCCUGGACUACACAGUGAAACCCUGUCCCCAAAAAAUAAAACAACAACAACAAAGGAAAAAAAAAAUAGAUACAGUCCAAUGAGAAAUGGACCCACCAAGGUGUGGGGUGUGUCACAAUGGGGAAAUGGGUGCCCGAUCCAAAAGGGUGCAGAGAGCAUCAGGCAGGGAUACAAGGAGGCAGAGGGAGGGUGCUCAUGGGAAGGUCACGAGCUGAGGCACUGUGGAGGCACCAGGGCCCAUGUGAAGGGACCAGGAGGAACAGAGUGGCACAGACAGGCACUGCAGCUGCCCCUUCUUGAGCAGGACAGGCCUGGCCUGGGUACUGAAACAGGUUCAGCACAGCCUAGGCAAAGGAGCUAGGGAGAGACAGGAGGCCUGGGAUUUUAUGUCUCAGGGGAAAGGGACGUGAGGAAAGAGGCCUUAGAUUGUGAGCUAGAGCUCUCAGAUGGCUGUGCAAGAGAAGGUGGUGUCUGCAACUAACCAGUGAGCUUCUGCUGUUUGUUCAGGAAGUGUGUACCAGUUCCUGUGGCCUCUGCUUUCUAGUACUUCUCUAACCAGGCAGAGGGGCACAUAGCAGGAACAGUGUUCUCUAGACAGUUUCAGAGGGCUCUGGUCAGUUCUUAUGUGACAUACAGUGUUCCUCUGAAUCAGUUCUCUCUGAGGAUACAUCUGAGCAGAAGCCAUGGUCAGGCAGAGCCCAGUUACACACAUUCAGCACAUCCUGACGAAUACGCCUCAGUGUCUGUGCUCGGAGAGCUGCUCUCGCUGACUCUGUAAAACUGGAGAAGGAAGACCUUUCCACCCUCACACAGCGAUGAUCCUGCAUUCCCGGAUUCGAGCAUUCGCCUCCAUCAAUAAGCCCCUUCCUGAAUAUAGGUCACUUUUGCAAUAGGAAGGCUGUGUUCCUCUGCCAAGGAGAUGUAGGCAACCUAGACUUUUAAGCCCUAACAUCUUCUAAGUGUUCUGUUCUGGGUCUUCAGCUUUAUCAGUCCAGUGGCUGUGCAUGCCCAUGUUGAUAGCAGCUUGGGCUGGCUGUGCUUGGAGUGAAGUAGCCUGGAAGACUGCUUCCCCAAAUCUUCCUCUCUAUAGACAGAUAUGUGCGUGAGUCCUAGAACUUCUCAGUCAGAUGUACCCAUGAGAGCCACUUGAUGCUGUGGGCCGGCAGGUGGGAAGAGCUUCCCUCAGACUAGCUCCUCCGAUGAUGUUUUUAACUGAGCAACCGGUUUUAGUGACCUGGAUAGCAAUGUGUCUCCUGGUCCUAUUUCUUAGGGACUGUAAGCACUUCUGUUUCAACCACUUGUAUUGAAGCUGGCUGGGUUAGAGGUUGCUGUGAUAGAACAGGAGUUUUUUGGCUGCCCUUCUGAACAAACAAUGACAAGCCUGGAAUCUAGUUCAGUUAAGGGAGUAAUCAAUCACAGGGAAGUGAGUUUUGAACUGAGACCUUAAGAAUGAGUCAGAUUUGUCUGGUGAAGGUGGGGGUGGGAAGGAUAGAAUUUCUAGAUAGAGACCUGAAACUUAUGCUUAAAAGCAAAGAAAUAAAACAAACCCAACCAAGCCAUGGUGAUACAUGCCUAUAAGUCCCAGCACUCCGGGAGGCUGAGGCAGGAGAAUCACAAGUUUGAGGCCAGCCUGGGCAACUUAGUCCCUGUCUCAGUAAAAGGGGGUCGGGUCAUGAUGUAUCUGAAUGGCAUAAGCCUAGCAUGCUCAAGGCCUUGGAUUUAAUCCCCAGUACUGAAAAAAAGAAAAAAAAAUUAAAAAGGAAAAUCUGAACCAGGCAUUGUGGCACACACCUGUAACCCUAGCAAUCAGGAGGCUGAGGCAGGAGAACUACCAUGAGUUUGAGGCCAGCCUGGGCUACAUAGUGAGUUCAAGGCCAGCCCGAACUACAGAGUGAGACCCUGUCUCAAAAACACAACAAAAACCAAAAAACGCAAAGAUAAAAAGAACAUACUUAUAGCAUCUUUCUCCCAAGGUUCCCUCUUUAUUUUCCACUGUCAAAUUUCAACCAUGAAGCCAAGCUAAGCAUUCACCACCUAAAGGAGGCCAGGUUAGAGCAUGCAGAGCUGUCUAUUUCAUCUGUUCCCAUACAGAAGAGGAUCAUCAUCCACCUACCUCAUUCUAUUCUGGUGAGGUUAGAUGAACAGAAGUUAUUUAGAGCAAUGGAGAAUUGGAUUGGACACAUAGAACACAUAUUGUGUCCUCCCUUUUUGGGGGGAUACUGGUGAUUGAACCCAGGGCCUUCUGCAUUCUUGACAAGCUCUCUACCACUAGGCUAUAUCCCCUCAUCUCUUAAAUUUUAAUUUUUUAUUAUUUUUGAGGGGGAGGGUGUUCAGACAGGGGUCUCACUGUGUAAUCCAGGGUGGCCUCAAACUUUUUUUUUCCUUUUUGUUGUUUAUUUAUGUUUGGCCUAACUCUUGAUCCUUCUGCCUCAGCUUAUAGGUGUGCAUCACCAUACCUGGCCUCAAGACAAUAAAUGUUACCUCACCCCAGUGGAUGUAUAUGAAGUGGUUUAUUUGCUCAGCCGUGGUUGUUACGUUGCUUUCAUCCCUUGCCAUCGAAGACCACUGAGCAGCCUGUAGGCGCUGACUGAGUAGGGUGGCCCCACCUGGCUGGGUCUCUGGGUCUCCGUUAAAGAUGGGCAGGGAAGCUGCCUCUGGAUUUCGGGCCUCCUGAGAGUCAGCUCUCAGAGCAAAGCCAGCAGCCAGCAUUCCCUUUGUUAUGCACAUUGCAAGCAUAGUCAGGUUGGGACCGUGGUGGGCCAAAUUCUGGAGAGCUCUGCCCUACACAGCUGUUCGCCCCCGCACAGCUGUGCCUCCCGAAACACUGCUGCUGGCUCUCAGCUCAUUUAACCUCUUUAUCUUCUUGCAAUCUCUGGACUGGGAGUUAAGAGUACUCAAGUUCAAGUUUUAGCUCAGUGUAACUUAUGAGUUGUAUGACUGUGGAUAAGUUGUUCACCCCAGUGUCCCCAAAGUCGCUGAGCUAAAUAAAUCUAAAUGUGACCCUGUGCUCUCCUGUACUCAGCCAGUGACUUAUUCUACUCAGGCCCCACUCUUUUUCCUCCAUCUGAGGAAGAAAAAGUCUAUUAAGUUACUACCUAAACAUUUAAAAAGUGGCAGAGGAUUUAGCUCAGUGGUGCCGCUGCCUGCCUCGCAAGCACAAGGACCAGAGUUCGAUCCCUGGUACAAAAAAAAAUAAAAAAUAAAAAAAAACGUUUUACACACACACACACAACAACAACAACAACAACACAUUCAUGGAAAAAACUGCUGUUAGAGCAAGAUAGAGGUCAGCCUUCAGGACAGCAGAGACCGGAGGGGCAUAUAGCACUUUGGCAGGUUGGGAAUGGUCAUUUUUCACUUGUGUGAUGUUGCAUACGUGUGUUCAGAUUAUGAAAAUUCAUCAAGCUGUACACUUAUAUUUGUACUCUGAAUAUUCUACUUUAGUUAAAAGUAAAUAAAAUGUACAAAAGUCCA